CGCGCAUUGGGUUUUUUACCCGUGGAACGGGCAUUUCGAACAUUGACUCGACAACAGAGGUGUCUGUCUUCUGGAACCAUUGAGUCAUAGUCUAUUGGACACUCUGGCGGAAACGACGAAAUGCGGACACUUCAUGCUGAGACGCUCGAAUUUCGACUCCUCAAUGCCCUAGUGAUACCUGACAAACCGAAUUCAGGCAACUUUGCGCCUAUCGUUUUGGUCCCGAAAUCAGAUCCCAGGUCAAAUGACACGGCGUGGAUGCGCAAGAUAGCAGAUGAUUUCGCGUACCCUAUGGUCGCUUUCCUCGUCCCAUCCACGGAUGAUUUGACUGAGGAAGAUGAUGGGGAGAAGUUGGAGUAUGGGUUGAGAUUCUUCGCCCCGGCUUCGGAAGUCCCCGAAUGCGGUCACGCAACAUUCGCCGCUGCGGAUGUCCUCUUCAAAAGCCACCCUAAAGCUCGUUUCGUCAGAUUGAACACGUUGGGCGGAUCCCUCUAUGUCGAAUCGACGCCCGAUGGACCCUUGAUGUCUCUUCCUGUCAUCAACAUUGAGAAACUAUCUGACCCGGAGCGUAACAAACUCCGCUUCGCCGUUGUGGACUUCCUUCAGAAAUGCUCUUCUAUCACAUUGAGAGACGUCACGGAAGUGUCCACGUUUGAGUUUGCAGGCCGGUCCUGUUACCUUAUCGAGCUGGAUCCGGGUGUCGACGUGGGAGCGGUGAGGAUUGACCCAAAGGCUCUGACAUCAUUGUCGACCGGAUUGAUCAUCCUGACUCAUAUCGUCAUCCCGGAGUGCACAGACGACAUCCUUCGUAUCGAUUCAAGAGUAUUCGCUCCGGGUCUAGGUGUAGAUGAGGACGUCGUGAGCGGCGUGCCUCAUGCCCUUAUGACUGGCUAUUAUACGCGAUACCCUGUCCUCUUACGUCUACCGGGAGCAUUGAAAGACAAGAUUCCCAACGACAUCAUCGUCAGUGCGAAACAAUUGAGUGCUCGUGGAGGUGCAAUGAUCUGUCGUUUAUGGUUUGGAGAAAGGGCUGUGAUCCAGGGGAAGAAUGUGGAAUGGGCCAGGGGGAUGUUGUUGUAGGGCAAUAAUAGCUUUGUGCCGGGGUUAUCUAUUUUGGGGCAGAGGGGUCUAUGAUGGAACC